AUGUUUGAAAAUUGUGAAAAAUGGAGAAAGGACUUUGGUUGUGCUACUAUUUUAGAAGAUUUCCAUUAUGAUGAAAAGCCAUUAGUGGCUAAGUUUUACCCACAAUACUAUCACAAGAUGGAUAAGGAUGGUCGUCCUGUGUAUUUUGAAGAAUUGGGUGCUGUCAACUUAACUGAAAUGCAUAAGAUCACUACUGAAGAACGUAUGUUGAAGAAUUUGGUUUGGGAAUAUGAAUCUGUCGUUAGAUUUAGAUUACCUGCCUGUUCAAGGGCUGCCGGUACUUUGAUUGAAACUUCUUGUACUGUCAUGGAUUUAAAGGGCAUCUCAAUCUCAAGUGCUUACAGUGUUCUAGGUUACGUUAGAGAGGCUUCCUUUAUCAGUCAAAACUACUACCCAGAACGUAUGGGUAAAUUCUACUUAAUCAAUGCACCAUUUGGGUUCUCUACUGCUUUCAGACUAUUUAAGCCAUUUUUAGACCCUGUCACUGUCUCAAAGAUUUUCAUUUUAGGUUCUUCAUACCAAAAGGACUUGUUGAAACAAAUCCCAGCUGAAAACUUGCCUGUCAAGUUUGGUGGUAAAUCUGUGGUAGAUGAAGCCACUGGUGGCUUAUAUUUAUCAGAUAUUGGUCCAUGGAGGGAUCCUAAAUUUAUUGGUCCAGAAGGAGAAGCACCUGAAAUGUUUUCUAUGAAAUAA